CGAUGCAACAACACUUACAAUGAUUACUACUUCAGAUGAUGCUGCAGAACUCAGCAGCAGUUCUUCAAGUGACAGUGCAAGUACUGCUCGUGUGAGUGUUACAAGCGCAAGAAGUUCGAAGUUGCAAUCGUCACCAAGGACUCCCUCUUCUGCAGAUGCGACGGCAGAAAGCUUCAUUAUUGAAAAGGUUGAAAUAAAUGUCAAUAAAGUAAAUGGAUUUAAUGGCGUAUUAUCUCCCGAGGAAAGAAUUGCGUCUCUUCAACGAUCAAUAAGCACUCAAAGUGGCAAGUUAAGAGAUCGCCUUAAUGCAGUCACAGACGAUGAAAGUGACUACAGUUAUCCUAAAGGAAAUUCGAGUGAAACUACUCAGUUCGUAGAAUACGUAGAACCGUAUCAAGAAUCAGAACUAGAUAUGUUGUCGAUGAAUCGGUAUUCGCCAUCUGAAGUAUCUCCUUCGCAAAUUUUUCACUCGAGAAUUACUCAGCUCAGAGGAGAAAUCAGUGGACCUAGGACAUCGCGUUCUCUUUCUCGUAUCCCGAACACAAGACAUUCUCCUACUCAAUCAAGAAGAUGCCGUUCGCUAGAUCGAGGCUUGAAGAGUUCUUUCAGGAGUGCUCUCUCCUCUACAAAUAGUGAUAUGAGUGGCAGAAGAUCACUUAUAAAUUUUCGAAGGCGAAAUAGUCUCGGAUCAGACUCGGAUGUCAGUCCCGUUUCCACGAUUAGUAGGUCUCGGCUACGUAAAGCCACCUCGUCAAAUUCUCUUGCAGAUCAGUGGAAACCAAAGAUCGAUGUUGCUGAAACCCUUUCUGCUCUCAUAUUAAACCCCGUGAACGGUGGUGUUAAUGACCGUAAAACUCUCAGUGACUACCUCAAAAACUCCUCAAGAAGCAACUCCUACGAGAGAAUGACUCCAAGUGCGGAAGAUGUCCGAUGGAGAAAGAGUAAAUAUGCACAAAACUAUAGCCCAAGUUACCAGACAAGUCAUCAGAGUCGGUCGGGUUCGUCGUGUGGAGGAAGAACGCCAAAUCAUUGCCUCUUAUUCGAAGAAGUUAAAUUAGACUCCUUGUCAAUAUCGGGAAAUUCUUCGCUUGAGCGACCACGGGAGUCGAAGAUCGUAUCAAAGUCCCAAACUCCGAACAGAUAUCCUGCUGUACAAGCAUCCCCUCGUUCGAUAUCGGACUUGUUACCUUCUCCAAGACGGAACAUCGAUGCAGAACCUGAAGUCAUAACAAUAAUUGACAAUGACGUCACUUCUAAUGACAUCACAGAACAUGAAUGCACCCGUCGGAAUAGUUUUAUAGAAGCUGUUACAGGAGCGUCAUCCGAAAAUGCAUAUUCGUCAAAUUCGGAGUCUUUGGCCGAUAAAACAUUUGGCAAUGGCGUUGAGACUACCUCUCAAAACAACUUUGCAAUCAUUUUUAGCGAAGUAGGAUCAGAUGCAAUAACUAUUACUGCAUCUGAUUCUGCUUACCACUCAGACCAAAAUGUCAAACUUCACGUUGACGGAGCCGCUAAAUCAAUCGAAAUUUUUCCGGAAGAAGUCAAUAUUAAUUUAACAACACACCCUGUUUCAAAUGACUUAGCAGUCGCGGUUAUCAGAAGACCCUCAUUACGAAACCAAAGUGUUUCUUCCAUAUCAAGUAAAAAAUCAAACAAAAAAGCGAAAUUGGCCAGUGAUAAAUUACAUAAUUCUCACUCAUCUUCCAACCAGGAAUUCCGACUAAAAAAUCCACAUCAUUCCCCGGAUAAAAAACCGACGUCUGAUCUUGUUAGUCAAGAACCGAUGUAUGUUAACAUUCCUAACCCUGGCAAACAUAGGAAUGAUUCUUUGGAAGAUAUAGUUACUGUGAAAUGUCGAAAUCCACGUUGUAGAAAAGAAAUGUGCUUGGAGGACGGAAAUAGCAAGUUCAAAUCUUGCCAUCAUUGUUAUACUUAUUACUGUUCGAUACAAUGUCGCCAAAUACAUUGGGAACGACAUAAAAUGAAGUGUGUAUUUGCCCGAGUCAACAGUGACUGUAAAAAGAUUUUGAGGAUGGGCCGAGAAGAUGACGUUAUUAAACAGGCCUUCACGCGCGUGGCAAGAACAGGUUAUCUGUCCCGCGGGCGUGGUUGCGUGCAAGUGAUUUUCUCCUGUCCGGAGAAGGCGGAGCAAUUUGUUUCUGAAGGUCUAUUCGCAUUGGAAUCUCUUCCUCUUUAUCGCACUGUGAAUGAUCUAACGGAUUUUCAGAAGAGAUUAUCAAAUACUGAGUUGAUUCCUGACGAUUUGAUUGAAACUUGUGAAUCUGUAUACGACGCGGAGAAAACAUACGUAUUGCAGGUUCUUAUAGACAUCCCCAAGGAAACACUGUCGUUAUAUAAUCGACCUUAUCGGAAUCGCAACUCAAAUGGAGUAUACAUCCACGCUCUGAAUCCCAUUUAUAAAGUUAUUCAGGAAUCAAUCACAGACCAAGAACUUCAACAUGCACCGGAGACCUUAAUUUUGACUCCGCCAACGACCAUACCCGAAACUUGGCUCACUACAUCACCUAGCGGAUUUAGUCGUUCAACAUCGACAACGUCGCCUUUAUCACAAACGUCCUCACCUUUGAAUGCUUGUGGCCAAUCAUCGGUAAAAGACGAAUUGCGUCAAGCAAAGCGUGCUCGUCAAUUAUGCUUCAUUAACAUUCAACGUAAGUUGCGUGAAAAAGGUGUUACGUUACGCCACCAGUACCCAGACGUUUACCGUAAACUUUGCGCGUACGUGGACACUGGAACACAUUUCACUCCAGUGGUAAUAUAUCCUCAAGAUACAAGAAGUGGGAAAAAUUUUAUGUGUCUGGUUAUGCCGGGAUCAGAACCUCAAAUUUUAGGAUGGGUGCAAACGCCUGGUUUAUUAGAUGAUAUUGCAACAGGUUAAUAAUGCUUAAAAUUUUCGUUGAACUUAUGCGUAAAACUUUAUGCGGUCUCAUUUUUUAUUAUUUCAAACAUGACCAAUUCCCGGAGGAAAUAUUGCGCCAAACGAACAUAAUAUUCAAUUUGUUAUUAUGACUAUUUCUAUUACAUCACUUACAUGCGAAACACGCAUUUUGAAUCACAGCUGACUAACUGGUGAACAACAGACCUUGCGCCAGUCGACACGAGUUUGCAUUAGUCAUUUUAAAAAUGAACCAUUCCGAACUUCCAAAAUUCAUAACGCGAGAGUUCAUUGAAUGAUAAUUAUAAACUGUAUAACGUCACAAUUAACAUGAAAUGUACUUGAACAUUUGACAGCACGUCACGGCAUAUAAAAUCAUUCAUUUUAAACCCACUUACUAAACUACAAGUUUCACUACUGAAGAAUUAAAACAAAAAAUGCAUGAUGUUCGACAAAUUCCAAACAAAAUGAAUAAAUAUUCGUAUCGAUGAAAAUAUUGUCGCAAUACAAAACGCAUUCGCCAAUUAUGCGACCAAUAAAAACAAAUAAUUGAACCUACUUAUGCUGCACUUUGGUGGUCAAAUUACCUCGACAAAAUAUUCUGCCACCAAAGCGUCUUUCGGCAUAAACAACAUUUAGAACCGAGAAAAUAAAUCAGCAAUUCCAUUUUCAAUAGGACCAAGCAAAUGUAUUUCAAAAAACAAGUUGCGUGCUCGAUUAGCAGGAAGUGUUACACGGCCACACAUAACCUAUCAUAACAUGCAAUACGCAGUAAUAUUACAGCCAUUCCAUGACCAACUUCCCCCAGUCCGUAUACUUAGCUAAUGAGAUUCGAAAUCGAACAAUGGUGUAAAGGUUAUGACGAAGAAUUCAGCGUGUGUUAUCCAGCGUCAAUCGCAUAGCUUCCGUUAUUUAAUGUGUGUAUUAUUUCUUAGUAAGCUUUGCUCAUCUAAUUGUGACAAUCUGUUUUGACAUAAUCAGUGGGAAAGACAUAUAUGACAUAUUAUGUUCCAACAGCGGUUUUGCUACACACUGUGCGUAUAUGUUUAUUAUUAUUCUGAGUGUGCGAUUUUUUAUUCAAAAUUUGUUUUGAGCUAGGUUGCAUUACAAAAGAUUUUAUACGUUGUUAAAUUAAGGCAAGCUAUUUGCACUUUAUUGUGUUAAACUGUUGACUUGAAACUGUGAAAUACUCGCUAUAUUUUGCCCAAGUUCAUACUCAGGCAUUUGGCAUUGCCAGUUAAAGUAUAAUAAAUCUUCUUAUGGCUACCUUAAUAUAGUUAGAUAUUUUGGUUGAACCAUGUACACAUGUUCAUAGAUUUUGCAAGAAAAUAAGAUUUUCUAGUAUUUAUUUCAUUUUUAUGCGAAUUAUUGUCAAAUUUUAUACUUCUAUAUGUUGUCAAAUUUUCAAUUUCUUAGUAUAUUUAAUAUAUGGUUUCGUAUUUCUGAAUAAAAAAUCUACUGUGCUGAUGGA